GAGGGAGCCUGCGCCUGGCGGGAGCGAGCUCAAGGUCCCGGCCAGAGUCCAGCCAGAGACCCCAGGGCGCCCGCCGCACACCCGCCGUCCCACGCGAAGACGUCCGACCUCCAGCCAGAUGAGUUAAUGCACGCAGCCUGACGGGAUCAAGGAAGGCGGCCACCACGGAGUCAACUUUUUAAAUAAGGUCAUUUCCGUUACCGUGUUUUGGCAUUUCUUCCUGUUUUAAGUUUAUGCAAACAAAAACGCGCAGGGCCGGGCGCGGUGGCUCAUGCCUGUAAUCCCGGCACUUUGGGAGGCGGAGGCGGGUGGAUCACCUGAGGUCAGGAGUUCGAGACCAGCCUAGCCAACAUGGAGAAACCCCAUCUCUGCCAAAAGUACAAAAAUUAGCCGGGCGUUGUGGCAGGCGCUUGUAGUCCCAGCUACUCGAGAGGCUGAGGCAAGAGAAUCGCUUGAACCCGGGAGGCAGAGGUUGCAGUGAGCUGAGAUCCCGCCAUUGCACUCCAGCCUGGGCGACAGAGCGAGACUCCGUAUCAAAAAAAAACCAAAACCAAAACAAAACAAAAAACUGGCGCAGGCCCCGAGUCUUCUGAGGGGCCUGGCCUGGGCCCUCCUCCUGUGCCUGUCCCCGCGCACCCCUCGCCCGUCCCCCCUUCCCCACCCGGCCCCACCGCGUGCUGGGCCCGCCGCCUGGUUUCUAACCUCCCGCCUCCUCGCGACUCCACCCCUGCCGCCGCUAAGCACCUCCUUUCUUUCUCUGCUCUUCUUCAUGGCCUUCCGACCAAGGCCCGGCCCCUCCGUCACCCUCACCCACACCUGAACCCCAGGGAGGCCCUAAGAGCAGGGCGCCCGCACAAGGCCGCUCCUCCACCCGAUGCCCCUUCUCAGCCACACACCAGAAACUGCCUCUGGCCCUGGGCUCCAUGGCAACCAGCAUCUAACCAGGCCUAAUGCCUUCCCAGAAGUUCCUGAGGGCAAAGGGCAGGAGCAGAGAGCAGGACCCCAGCAAGGGGAGGACCAAUGGGGGCAGGGGGCAGGGGGCAGAGGGCAGCGCCUGGACUCCACGUGCCGGCCACAGAACCAGGCAGCCUGUUGCUAGGUAACCACAUCUCCCAUAACUGCCCCAGCACAUCGUCCUGAGCCGCCCAACCUGUCUCCAGCCACCUUCUGUGGAGUCUCAAACUCCAUCAUCUGUGGGACCCUGAAGGCCGAAGGGAGAAACAAGAGCGCAGCCACCACCCCUGAGCCACCUGUGGCUCUGCUACCCACAAUUUCACUGUGAAGAGUCAGCUGCCUGGGCCGUGAGGUCACUGCCACCAUGAGUCUGGGCAUCAUGGAAGAGGAAGACCUGGCCGAGUACUUCCGGCUGCAGUAUGGGGAGCGGCUGCUGCAGAUGCUCCAGAAACUCCCCAAUGUUGAGGGGGCGUUGGAGUCCCCAUCCAUCUGGCUACUGGAGAAGAAAAAGGAGACAGAAAUCAUGCAUCAAACUAUGGUGCAGAAGAAGAAGAUGUUUCAGCGCAGAAUGGAAACCCUGAACCUGCGCUGGGAGGAACUGGGCGUUAAGGAAGCCCAACUGAAGGCUCACAUCCAGAAGUCUGAGCAGUUCAUCCAGGAGAACGACCAGAAACGGAUCCGCGCCAUGAAGAAAGCCAACAAGGAGCGAGAACUCAAGUGCCAGCACAUGCAGGAGCUGACCAAGCGCAAGCAGGAGAUGGUGGCGCUGCGGCUGGAGCACCAGCGGCUGAGUGCCAAGCUGAAGGACUACUCCAUCUUCAACAAGUACCUAGAGAAGGUGGUGGAGAACUCCGAGGAAUCUCGCUGGGCGCACAUCCAGAACACCGCAGCCAAGAAGACCCUCCUGCUUGGCACCAUUAAGAUGGCCACGCUGAACCUCUUCCAGAUCGUGAGCAAGCACAUGAAGGAGGUGACUGAGGUGGCACUGGAGGACACCCACAAGCAGCUGGACAUGAUCCAGCAAUUUAUCCAAGACCGGUCGGACAUCUGGGCAGAGGUGAAAAAGAAGGAACAACAGCGAGUCCGGAUUUAAGGAGGCAGACUUGUUCCAGAACGUCCUGAGACAGAGAUCGUGAAAGAAGAAGUCGUGAGCCUGCGGUCCAGUCAGUCCAGCUCGGGACCGAUGCCCGCUGUGCCUUCCUGCUGAGGGACACCUGCUUAUUUUCCCCCGUGGGCCUCACUCUAUCCCUGAAAACAGUGAAUGUUAGAAGAAGUUUGUUCUCAAGUU